UCACCUAACUAUUUGUUGAUUGAGAGGAGACUGUGACUGUGCAGUAUUGACAUCUUUCGAUUUAUCAAGAAGUCUGGACAGUCAUUUGGUUCAUAGGAAAGUGUCCCAUUUCUGAUCCGUGGUGUUUGAUAAGUGGCAGAACUAUGGACCAUCCUCUGGUGUGGGUUCUCAUCCUGGUGCUGCUCAACUUCAAUACAGAUGUCUCUGGCCAGGUGGUGGUUCCCUCGAUGAACCCCUUAGCUGUGGGCAGUAAUGUCACCCUGAACCUAGUUCCUCAAAGCCCCAUCAACAUAGGGACCUGGUCAUAUGAAACUACAACCAUUGUACUUUUCUAUCCUGGUGGCAGUAUUGUGAGCACAAGUUAUCAAGGCAGAGUCUCAUUCAUCCGUUCCUCCUCAGAGCUGUCCAUAAGCUCUCUCCAACUCAACGACUCAGGUUUGUAUACCGUGCAGAGAAUGGAGCCAGUCCUGACCGCUGUGGUGACCUUGUCUGUCCAGGAGCCCAUUUCAAACGUGACUCUAAGAGCCAACGCCACUGAUCUAGUGGAAUUAAAUGACACUGCCAUUUUCACCUGCUCCGUCUCCUCUGGCACCUCCCUCUCCUACCGCUGGAUGAAUGGCAGCUCAGAGGUUGCAGCCAGUGACCGAGUUCGGCUUGGUGUUGGGAACAGCACUCUCUCCAUAGUCAGUGUGACACGAUACGAUGAAGGGCCGUUCAGAUGUGAGGUCAUCAAUGGAAUCAGCAAUGGCACCAGCCAGCCCAUUGGCCUCAAGGUUAGAUUUGGACCAGAGAGACCUGAUGUAACUAGUCCAGAUAUAGCAAUGACAGGACACAUCGUGACAUUCAACUGCUCGGCCUCCUCUCAGCCUCCCAGCCAGUUCAGCUGGUUCUUCAAUGGCUCCCAGGUGGCGACUGGCUCAGUGUAUGAGACUGGCCCACUGACCUUAGCCAGUCAUGGGGAGUACACCUGUAUGGCCUUCAACAACCUCACUUACAGAAACAGCACUGUCUCCAAGAUGCUCACUGUUGUUGGUGAGUCUUGGUCUAACUUUAAUUGA